UGGAGAUGUUAGGCGAGCAGCAGCAUGCUCUCAUUCAAUGACAGUAAGGAAUAACCAACAAUGCUCAAAACGGUGGUUGACGAAGAGAACUGGGCUGUGCACAGACCGUUUGCCCAUCGUUAGGUCUUCCCGCAAUGAACCGCAGACCUCCGGACAGGCGUGGAGCUGCACGCGGCAUGAAAGCAGCCUGGAUCCUGACUGUGAGCACCCUGCUCACGGCUCGUACUGCUGGAGGAUCCCCGCUGGUUCUGGACCCCGAGGUUUUUCUGGAGAAGUAUGGCUACCUUAAACAUAAAAACCACAUUCAUGAUGCAGCUGAGAUGCAGUCAGCUCUCAGUGACUUCCAGUGGCUAUCCCAGCUUCCCGUCACAGGUGAGCUUGACAGCGCCACCCUGAGGCAGAUGGCAGUGCCUCGCUGUGGUGUAUCUGAUGAGGGCAGCCAACAGAUCUGGGCUCAGAAAGUAAAAACCAUCUUCCUUGGGAGGGGCGCUGCUGGCAGGCACCGUGGACGGCGCUCUGCUGUGAAAGCAGAGAAAUGGUACAGGCGCCAUUUGACCUACCAGAUAGUGAACUGGCCUCGGCACCUGCCUGUGUCCUCUGUGCGGCUGGCGGUACGUGCGGCCUUCCAGCUGUGGAGCAAUGUGUCAGGUCUGGUGUUCCAGGAGGCGCCUGAAGGUCCUGCAGACAUCCGGCUGGCCUUUUAUGAGGGAGACCACAACGACGGAGCCAGCAACGCCUUUGACGGACCAGGAGGGACUCUGGCUCACGCCUUCCUGCCUCGCCGUGGGGAAGCUCACUUUGACAUUGCAGAGAGAUGGACACUAAACGGACACAAAGGACACAACCUGUUCAUAGUGACCGCUCAUGAGAUAGGACACACUCUGGGACUGGAGCACUCACCUGUCCGUCAUGCCCUGAUGUCUCCCUACUACAGGAAGCUGGGCCGCAGCCUGGUGCUGAGCUGGGAUGACAUUAUCGCUGUGCAGCAGCUUUAUGGUAAACCAUCAGGUGACCUUCCCGUUAGGCUGCCAGGCCAGGUUCUGCAUGCCGUACUGCAGGAAUCAGAGUUCACAGAGCUUCACAAUGAGCAUCAGACAGCAGGGCAGCCCCUCUACUGCCAGGGUGUCUUUGAUGCCAUCACUAUGGACCAGAACAAGACGGUGCUUGUGUUUCGAGGCAGUAUGUACUGGACAGCAACAGUUCAAGAAGGUGUGAGUGGCCCAAUGCCUCUCCGUCAGCGCUGGUCUGACCUUCCUCCGGCCAUUGAGGCUGCUGCCUUCUCCCCACUGGACUCCAAGUGGUAUUUUUUUAAAGGGAAGCGGAUGUGGCGCUACACAGACAGCACCCUGGACCCUGGCUUCCCCAGGAAGAGCAGUGAGCUUGGGCUACCUCACCACCCUGACUGUGCCUUCUUCUAUGCUCCUCUGGGUCACAUGGUUGUCUUCAGGGGCUCCCGCUACUCUGUGCUUAACCUCAAAACCCUGCAUCAGGAGCCGUACUACCCCCGCAGGCUGACAGAUUGGACCGGUGUGCCACAAGGGACCAACGGGGCCCUGACUCGUCCAGACGGACGCCUCUACCUGUUCAGAGAGCAGCACUUCUGGAGGUUUGACCCUGUCAAGGUGCGGGUCACCAAGGAGGGCCAGUGGGCCAAAGAUCUGAGCUGGAUUGGUUGCAGCAAUGCUCCACUGAGCAACAACAUCCUUUGACCAGCAGAGGGAGCUAUAAGCUUUAGAAAAGUGCAAUGUUUUGAUGGAUACAGAAAUGUGGAGGUGCUGUUAUGUUUCAGCAAGAGACAUUUUAUGUUGCAAAAAGAGCCAAGCUCGACAUGUUAAAAACUUGUGGCAUGAAGGGAUACAAAAAAAAUUACUAAUGUUCUCAACUCAUUGAGUGCCAGCCCUUUUAUAAAAUGGAAAGUGGCUUGUGCCAGCGUUUUUGGCCAUUUUGAGUCAUCUUUCAAGACCCACAGAUUAUAUUGUAUUAUGAUUCUGAAAACACAAAAUAGCUCAAAUGAAAGAAGAAACUCUCUAUUUAAUCAUGGAAAACCCGUUUCUCUGUAGCUUUUUCCAUUCUUGAUUUAUCUGAAGUUGAAUAGAGGCUAGUUUCAUUAAAAAGACCACUUUUCUUCUAGAAAGCUGAGAAAAAUGCAUUUUUGUGAAAGAGAGUCUAUCAAG